CUAAAAGGUCCAUCUCAGCUCCCCCAAGACCCAUUUCUCUCCAACCCCUUUUCCCCACCUCGCAUCAUGUCUGCGUCCAUCGAGGAGAUCACCGACGAUGUUCAGGACAUCCAGGUCAACAAUGGAUCCGACUCUGAGGCACCCGCCGCAGAGGGAGCAGACGUCGCCAUCCCGGCCUCGGUCCAGAACCGCUCCGAGAGGAAGAGCAGGAAGUCGCUCCAGAACAUCGGCCUCAAGCGUGUCAGCGGCAUCACCCGCGUUACCAUGAAGCGUCCCCGUGGUCACCUCUACGUCGUGCAGAACCCUGAGGUCUACAAGUCGUCUCACUCGGACUGCUACAUCGUCUUCGGCGAGGCCAAGCCCGAGGACAACUCGCAGGCUGCUCAGGCUCAGGCUGCCCAGAGCCAGAUGGCCCAACAGGAGGCUCAGGAGCGCAUGCUCAGCGAGCAAUUUGCCCAGUCCGUCGGCAGCGGUGCUGAGAACCAGACUGGCGCUGGCAAGAAGAAGGAGGAAGAGGAGGAAGACGAUAGCGAGCCGAUUGAUGAGGAGGGCGUCGACGCCAAGGACAUUGAGCUCGUUAUGCAGCAGGUCUCGUGCUCGCGACGCAAGGCCGUCAAGGCUCUCAAGGAGAGCAACGGUGACCUCAUCAACGCCAUCAUGAGCGCUUCGUAAACUGGCAGAGCAGCAACCAUAUUGAGUGGACGACUUCGACAAUCGGGUGUUUUCUACUUUCCUCGCACCACCACCUCGCACCUCCAAUUCUUUCGUGCGCCCUUUGUCGUCGUUGGCGCUUUCCCAUUAUGCCCCUGUCUUGGCUCAUUAAAUCAUGUCACCAUCUCAGCGGCGGUGCCUUGCAAAUCAUACAGCGAAGCGAGAUGUUUGUGCUUGC